GUGUUGCUGUUCUUAACUGCCAGUUUUAGUUGGCAAUAGUCGGCAGGUGAUUUAUUUUAUUUCUCUUUUCGUUUAAUAAUGGUUGUUUAAAUAAUUUAUACAGUCCAAAUACAAACCACACACGCACAUCGCAUAUGUACACCUAUAUAUGUACAUAAGAAGAAGCAAGAAUCACUCGGUUUAAAAGAUACGGACAGGUGAAUACGAAGAUCUUGUUUUACGCGCUGUUUUAAUGAAUCGGAAAAAGUUCGUUACGCCAUGUCAAAUACACAGUUUAUAGAGUUUCCAGGUAAUGAUCAGAAAAAGAAGGCUACGAAAAGAGGCUUUCUUCCCACUUUGCCACUAUCAAGAGCUACUCCUUCAUUUUCCACCUAUAAACCAAAAUACUCCAUUACUGAAGAAAGUCUAGCAGAACAUGAAGCAACAAGUGAAAAGUUGUUAAUUGAUCUGCAAGCAAAUGAAGCUAAAAAACGGAAGUACCCACCUACUAAGAAAAGUGAGAUGCCAUCUCCCAGAGGACAACUUGGCCUUCUACACAAAUGGAAGAAAGAGAGAGAGAAUUUCCGAAAAUCUCUGGUGGAUAUUAUCAUGCAAGAUGAUAAAUCCCAAGCAUCAGGAGCAGCUGUUCAAGAAGGGGAGUUACCCCCUAUUCAUGGGGCUAGUGUUUCAACUGCAGCCGAAAAAGAUACUUUGAGAUAUUACUACUAUAUUCACAAUGGAAUCGACACCACUCAUGUUGCUGCUAUGGAAGAUUCCUGGCUGGAGAAUGUUUUUAGACUUGUGCCUAAAAAAGCUAGGGAAUGUAACAAAACAAUUGUUGAAAACCUUUCUGAGGAGAUGAGAGAGGACUAUCUGAUGAGUGUUAAGAAAGCAAUAGUGGACUUUGUGCUGAAGGAUCCUCGUGAGAGUGAAAAGAAAGAGGAGAAGAUACUACCCAAACAUCGACAAGAAAUGGCAAUGGUGCCAAAGCCAUGGCAAAGGAAUUUUUACUACUACCGAUCAGUAAUCUACAGGAUUUUACAUAUCGUCAAUCCAGCUAUGAAACAAAUACUUGCACUUUGGCACACACAGUUUGCAGAUCUUCGGUUUGUGAAUAUUAAAGAAUUUCAUAAUCGUAAAGAAUCAAUGGAAAUUGGAGUUUUUAAAAACUUGUGUAUGAAACAUAUUGAACAAGCUAAGGAAGCUCUUGAUCAACGUUGGUACAAAGAAGUGCUGAACAUUCUAUGUCAAUGCAGCAGACGGAGACAGAUAGAUCCAUCACAGAACAAACCCGGAUCCAAUCUGUUGACUUGUGUCAAUACAUUGAUGACGUCCCACUUACAAGAUUUAACUUUGAAGUCCAUGGAAGAUUUCACCAAUCUUAUUGUACCACCUGCUGACUCCAUAAUGCCAUUUGAACAUUCUGGAUUAAUCCUACACCUGAUUUUGGAAAAUGAUUCCAUCACCUUCGAACCAGCUAUAGAACAUUUUGAAACUGUUAUUCUCAAUGUCUAUGAUACCAUCAUAAAAUAUUCCUCAAUGAUGCCCAAAAUAGAAUUUGGUUUGUUUGAAGACAUGUAUCGCAACAAAGUGAAAGUGUGCUUGGAACCAGUCAUUUUGGAAGAAAUCAGGGAAAAGCACCGCAAAAUGGUGAAAGCUUAUAUUAAAAACCAAAGUCAGUAUCCUGAGAAGCACUGCAAGACCUAUGAUAAAUAUAAAUUUCUCAUUACAAAUCAGGCUGAAAGAGAUAUAAAUGUAUUUCUGGAAGAAGAGCAUUCCUUUGAUGAAUACUGUCAGGAAGUGACCAAAUAUAAAAAAUACAUUGCUGAUAUAUCUUAUUAUGUUAUAAAAGUAGUUCGACAUGAUAUGUUUGAGUUACAUUGUGAUGAAUUAUGCCAUGCCUUGAUGAAGAGAGCUGAGAAUGUGAAGGAGAAACUCUUAUCACAAAUUUUCAAUAACCACACAUCUUUGGUGAAGAUGCUGAUGAAUAAAUAUGAAGAAAUCACUGAAAAGGCCAUGACUACACCAGCCAACACUGCCCAGUUGAUGGAACUGAAGUCUUACAUGGAAUCAGUUCAAGGAAUGAUCAUUGUGGAGCUUGAGACUAACCUGACAGAGAUGUUGAAACAGUUGAGUUAUCUUCUGUGUAAUGUCAACAUGCCAGUGGCAGAUAUGAACACCAACCAAGAAGUGAUUAAAUGGCAUGAUAGAAUGCCAGCUAUAUUCAAAGAACACAAAAUGAAUAUUGCAGAAAAGCGAUUGCAAUUUGAAGAAGGAUUAAAACUUCGCCGUGAUAGGUUCAUUGAAGAAUUGGAAAGUUACUCAAAACAAGUUGAAGAACUUCAGACAUUUGGAGAUAUAGAGGAAGUGAAGAGAUAUGCUCGCAAGGCGCAGGCUAUUGAGACAAAACUGAAUGUAGCUGCUGAGAAGAUUGAGGCAAUCAAUAAUGAGGAGAUGGCUUUUAGUUGGGAUUUAACAAACUACCCCCUGCGACAGCAAGUCAUGGCUGUCUUGAAACCGUAUGUCACUCUAUUUACGACGACUGUAGAAUUCAGAGAAAAGUAUAGCAUUUGGAUGGAUGGCCCCAUGUCAGGAGUGAACCCUGAUAUUGUGGAAGUAGAAGUUGGUACCUUUUACAGAAGUCUCUACAAACUUGAAAAGCAAUUUGACAGUGUCCCUGCUCCUAAGAGGAUUGCCCACAAAACAAAAUCCCAAGUUGAAGAAUUCAAAGCUCACCUGCCUUUGAUACACACUUUGUUCAAUCCUGGAUUAAGGGAUCGCCACUGGGAGCAGAUAUCCGAAAUUGUUGGCUUUACUCUGAAACCAGAUGACAGUUAUUGUCUAUCUAAAAUGGUGGACAUGAAUUUGGAGCCAUUUGUUGCUAAAUUUGAAGGAAUCAGUGAAGCGGCUAGCAAAGAAUAUACUCUGGAGAAAGCAUUGGGAAAAAUGAAAAAGGACUGGGCUCCGCUGGAAUUUGCUAUGAUACCCUACAGAGAAUCAGGCACGUCCAUUCUGUCAUCUGUUGAUGAAAUCCAGUUGCUGCUUGAUGACCACAUCAUUAAGACUCAGACAAUGAGAGGAUCUCCUUUCAUCAAACCAUUUGAAGCAGAUAUGAAAGACUGGGAGCUUAAAAUGAUACGCUUACAAGAUAUCUUGGAUGAAUGGUUAAAAGUACAGGUGACCUGGCUUUACUUGGAGCCAAUUUUCAGUUCCCCUGACAUCAUGUCACAAAUGCCAGAAGAGGGCCGUCGGUUCACCACAGUUGACAAAAACUGGCGUGAUAUCAUGAAAUCUGCUCUUGCUGACAAACAUGUUUUGGCUGUGCUUAAGAUUGAAAGAAUUCUAGAAAAACUGAAGAAAUCAAAUGAUUUGCUUGACUUGAUACAAAAGGGACUAAAUGAAUACUUGGAAAAGAAACGUCUUUACUUCCCAAGAUUUUUCUUUUUGUCUAAUGAAGAACUACUGGAAAUCUUGUCUGAGACAAAAGAUCCAACAAGAGUGCAGCCACAUUUGAAGAAAUGCUUUGAAGGAAUUGCAAAACUCACAUUUACAGAAAUAUUGGAGAUUACUCAUAUGCUAAGCAGUGAAGGGGAACUUGUUGAGUUGGAGGAUAUUAUAUCUACAGCCAGGGCACGUGGUCAAGUUGAGAAGUGGUUACUUGAACUAGAAUCUGAUAUGAUAAACUCUGUACGGAAAAAGAUCAAAGAAGCCAUUGACGACUACCAAGUUUCUCCCCGUCUGGAAUGGGUUCGGAAAUGGAUUGGUCAGUCAGUCUUAUGUGUCAGUCAAUUAUACUGGACAUCUUAUGUGCAUGAUGCCCUCAAGACAAGUGCUGAUGCACUCCAACUGUACUUGGAAAAGAAUAACGAUCAAAUCAAAGAGGUUGUGUCACUAGUGCGUGGGAAACUGACAAAACAGAACCGUGUCACUCUGCAGGCCCUUAUUGUCUUAGAUGUCCAUGCUAGAGAUGUCCUUGCAGUCCUUGUAGCAAAUGGUGUCAGUAAUGAACUAGACUUCCAGUGGCUCAGUCAGUUAAGGUACUACUGGGAGGAUGAUCAAAUGGUAACACGGAUGAUUAACUCAAUGUUGAGGUAUGGCUAUGAGUACCUUGGUAACAGUGGCAGGCUUGUCAUAACACCUUUGACUGACAGAUGCUACAGAACCUUAUUUGGUGCCCUCCAUCUUCAUCUUGGAGGAGCUCCUGAGGGUCCAGCUGGUACUGGCAAAACGGAAACCACCAAAGAUUUGGCAAAAGCAGUAGCCAAACAGUGUGUUGUUUUUAAUUGUUCAGAUGGUUUGGACUAUAUUGCUCUUGGAAAAUUUUUCAAGGGUCUCGCCUCAUGUGGUGCCUGGUCAUGCUUUGAUGAAUUCAACCGUAUUGAUUUAGAAGUAUUAUCUGUGGUUGCUCAACAGAUCCUCACUAUUCAAAGAGGUAUUAAUUCAGGGUCUGACACUUUGUUAUUUGAGGGGACGGAGAUAAGACUUGAUCCCACGUGCUCUGUGUUUAUUACUAUGAACCCUGGCUAUGCUGGUCGAUCAGAUCUCCCUGACAACUUAAAGGCAUUGUUCCGUACAGUUGCUAUGAUGGUGCCAGACUAUGCAAUGAUUGCAGAAAUCUCUCUCUACUCCUGUGGCUUUGUCAAUGCUCGACCUCUCUCAGUAAAGAUUGUCGCAACAUACCGUUUAUGUUCAGAACAGCUUUCUUCUCAACAUCAUUAUGAUUACGGUAUGAGAGCUGUCAAAUCUGUUUUGACUGCAGCUGCUAACUUGAAGCUUCGUUACCCAGAUGAAGAUGAAGACAUACUUAUGCUUCGGUCUAUAACAGAUGUGAACCUGCCAAAAUUUCUGGACCAUGACUUACCCCUGUUCCAUGGCAUCACUUCAGAUUUGUUCCCUAGUGUCACCCUUCCUUCACCAGACUAUGAGAUCUUCAAUGAAGCAGUUCAGAAUAAUUGCAUAAAACUCAAUUUGCAAUGUACCCCAUAUUUCUUGCAGAAGAUUCAACAGGUCUAUGAGAUGAUGAUUGUCCGUCAUGGCUUCAUGAUUGUUGGUGAACCAUUUGGUGGGAAAACAAGCUCAUAUCGAACUCUUGCUGGUGCUUUAGGUGACAUCUGUGAAAAGGGUCUAAUGGAAGAAAAUAAAGUCCAGACCAUUGUGAUAAACCCCAAAGCAGUGACCAUGGGUCAACUCUAUGGUCAGUUUGAUGCUGUUUCACAUGAAUGGUCAGAUGGUGUCCUUGCAGUGUCCUACAGGAGUUUUGCUGUGUCACAGACUCCAGACCGCAAAUGGCUUAUAUUUGAUGGGCCUGUUGAUGCCAUAUGGAUAGAAAAUAUGAAUACUGUAUUGGACGACAACAAGAAGUUGUGUCUAAUGAGUGGAGAAAUUAUUCAACUGGCUCCGACGACAAACCUUAUAUUUGAGCCAAUGGACUUAGAAGCAGCAUCUCCUGCAACGGUCUCUCGUUGUGGUAUGAUUUACAUGGAACCCCUGUCCCUUGGCUGGCGUCCUCUGCUAUUAUCUUGGCUAAACUCUCUACCCCCGACAUUGGAUGCUACCUACAAGAGUAUCAUUACUGAUCUCUUUGAAAGAUUCGUUGAUGCUAGUUUGCUGUUGAUUUCAAAAGGAUGUGUCAAGGAAUUGUCUCCAACUACUGCAAGCAAUAUGGUGAAAUCCUUAAUGAAUCUGAUGGAUUGUAUGCUUGAGGAAUUCAACGAUGAAGCAUGCAUCGCACAGAGAGAUGUGCGGGAAAUUUCUAAUUGGCUUGAAUGCAUAUUUUUUUUUUCCAUUACUUGGUCCAUCGGUGCCAGUAGUGACGAAAAGGGAAGAGUGAAGUUUGACCAUUUAUUAAGAGAACUGAUUGCGGGAGGAAUGACUGAGGGAACACGAUCCAUGCUAGGUCUUAUGGAUUGUCUUGAGCCACCAAUGAAACCAUACUUAAAUCCUUUCCCACCGAAAGGCCAAGUUUUUGACUACAUGUUUAUAAAAGAGGGUGCUGGCAAGUGGGUUUCUUGGUCUGAAGAGAUCAAAGAUGCACCACCAAUCGCUAAAGAUGCCCAGUUCAAUGAAAUCAUUGUUCCCACUGUGGACACUGUAAGGUACACUGCUUUGAUGAAUAUGUUAGUUUUGCAUGCUAAACCAGUCCUCUUUGUGGGUCCCACUGGAACUGGCAAAAGUAGUUACAUUUCUAAUUUCUUACUCAAGACAUUGGACAAAAAUAUCUACAAACCAAAUGUCAUCAACUUUUCUGCUCAGACAACUGCUAACCAAACACAGAACAUGAUUAUGUCUAAAUUAGAUAAAAGAAGAAAAGGUGUCUUUGGUCCUCAGUUUGGCAAAAGAAUGAUUAUUUUCGUUGAUGAUUUAAACAUGCCAAUGAAAGAGACAUAUGGGGCCCAACCUCCUAUUGAGCUGCUUCGCCAGUGGUUAGAUCACUGGCAAUGGUAUGACCUGAAAGAUGUAUCUGCACUGAAGCUUGUUGACAUUCAAAUUAUGGCAGCAAUGGGACCACCAGGUGGUGGACGGAACCCAAUAACACCACGUUUUCUCCGUCAUUUCAAUACCAUAACAAUCAAUGAGUUCAGUGAUGAGACAAUGUGCACAAUCUUUACAAGAAUUGUGGACUGGCAUUUUACCUCAAAUGGUUUCAGUGAAUAUUUCAAGCCAUGUGUGGAUCAAAUAGUUUUUGCCACUCUUAGAGUUUACAAAGAAGCCAUGGUGAACCUACUUCCCACACCGGCUAAAUCCCAUUAUUUAUUCAAUCUGAGAGAUUUCAGCCGAGUCAUUGGUGGUGUGUUACUCUCUGUCCCUGAAACUACUGAAGUGCCAAACUCUAUCAAGAAACUAUGGGUUCAUGAGGUGUAUAGAGUUUACUAUGAUCGUCUGGUUGACGCAGAAGAUCAAAACUGGAUGUAUGAAUGCAUACAAAAUGUCUGUAAUGAUGAGCUAGAAGUUAAUUUCCAUGAACUGUUUAGCCAUUUGGACGCUGAUGAAGAUGACCAUGUUACUGAUGAAGAUAUGCGAAGCUUAAUCUAUUGUGACUUUAGUGACCCCAAAAAUGACAGUAAGAAUUAUCUAGAAGCACCUGAUUUAGAGCUGCUGCGUACCAUAACGGAAGGUUUACUUGAUGAGUACAAUAACAUGAGCAAGAAACCAAUGAAUUUGGUUCUCUUCAGAUUUGCUGUUGAACAUGUUUCAAAGAUUUCUAGAAUCUUAAAGCAGCCCAGAAGUCAUGCAUUGUUAGUUGGUGUUGGUGGAUCAGGCCGACAGUCUCUUACCAGAUUAGCUGCUCAUAUGGCGGAUUAUGAUUUACAUCAGGUAGAGAUUUCCAAAAGUUACACGCAGAAUGAAUGGCGAGAUGACUUGAAACUUAUACUCAGGAAAUCAACUGAAACAGAUAACCAUGCUGUGUUUCUCUUCUCCGACACUCAGAUCAAGAAAGAAUCCUUUUUGGAAGACAUCAAUAAUUUACUAAAUGCUGGAGAAGUACCAAACCUCUUCCCUCCAGAUGAAAAGCAGGAAGUGUGUGAGAAGAUGCGUCAGUUGGAUAGGCAACGAGACAAAAUGAAACAAACUGAUGGCUCACCUGUUGCGUUGUUUAACUUCUUCAUUCAGCGUGUACGGGAUCAACUUCAUAUUGUUUUGGCAAUGAGUCCCAUUGGGGAUUCUUUCCGUACCAGACUACGAAAAUUCCCUUCAUUAGUCAAUUGUUGCACAAUUGAUUGGUUCCAGUCUUGGCCAAAAGAUGCCCUAGAGGCUGUUGCAAGACGUUUCCUUGGAGAUAUAAAAAUGGGUGAUGAUGAUAAAUAUGGGUGCACUGAAAUGUGUCAGAUGUUCCAUACAACCACAUCUGAGCUGUCUGCCAGAUUUUUUUCAGAACUUGAGAGACACAAUUAUGUUACACCAACAUCGUAUCUGGAACUUCUCAGUACAUUUAAACUGCUUUUGGACAAAAAACAGACUGAAGUUUCUUUACAGAGACAGAGAUACGUGGUUGGGUUAGAGAAGCUGGAUUCAGCAGCAUCUCAGGUGUCGAUUAUGCAGAAAGAGUUAACUGAUCUCCAACCACUGUUGGUCAUUGCUAGCAAGGAAGUAGAUGAAAUCAUGAUUGUUGUAGAAAAGGAAUCUAUUGAAGUGGCAAAGAAAGAAAAGAUUGUGAAAGCAGAUGAAGUUGUAGCUAAUGAACAUGCUAUUAAUGCUAAAGGCAUUAAAGAUGAAUGCAACAAUGAUCUCGCUAAAGCCAUGCCUGCAUUAAACCAAGCUCUAGCUGCCCUGGAUACACUAACUCCACAGGAUAUUACUCUGGUAAAAUCCAUGAACAAUCCACCUUGGCUUGUACGUCUGGUAAUGGAAGCUGUCUGUGUUAUAAAAGGAAUAAAACCUGAUAGAGUUCCUGAUCCUUCUGGAUCUGGUAAGAAAAUAGAAGACUUUUGGCCACCAUCAAAGCGUGUUCUAGGAGAUAUGAAGUUUCUGGAAAGUCUUCACACUUUUAAUAAGGAUAACAUUAAUCCAGGAAUCAUGAAAACAAUCCGGACUAAAUAUAUUGCAAACCCAGAUUUUGAUCCUGAAAAAAUCAAAGUUGCCUCGACAGCUUGUGAAGGUCUUUGUAAAUGGAUUCGAGCCAUGGAUACAUAUGAUAAAGUUAUCAAAGAAGUUGCUCCCAAAAUAGAAACGCUUAAGAAAGCUGAAGAAGACCUUAGACUUGCCAAAGAAUCUUUGGAUAAAAAGAGGGCUUCAUUAAAAGCUGUACAGGACAGACUCGAUAAGUUAAACCAGCAAAUGGAAAAUAAUAAACAGAAGAAAGCAGACUUGGAAAACCAAGUAGAUUUGUGCACAAAAAAGCUGGAAAGAGCAGAGCAGUUGAUUGGUGGCCUGGGAGGAGAAAAAGAUAGAUGGAAUAUUGCUGCUGAGAAUCUUGCUGUCCAGUAUACAAAUCUAACAGGUGAUGUUUUGAUAUCAGCUGGUGUUGUUGCUUACUUGGGAGCCUUCACGUCAGCUUAUAGACUUGAUCAAAUCCAUUAUUGGGUGAAAGAAAUCAAAGAAAGUGGAGUCCCUUGCACUGAUGAAUUCUCUUUGGUACACACGCUGGGAGAGCCAGUGAAGAUCCGUGAAUGGAAUAUCAAUGGUCUACCAACUGAUACAUUUUCUAUUGAAAAUGCCAUCAUAAUUACUAAUGCUCGACGGUGGCCAUUAAUGAUAGACCCUCAAGGACAAGCUAACAAAUGGAUUAAAAAUAUGGAAAAGGCAAACAAUUUAAGUGUUGUUAAAACCAGUGACUCAGAUUUCAACAGAACUCUUGAGAAUUGUAUUCAAUUUGGAACACCUGUUUUAGUGGAAAAUAUUGGUGAAGAAAUCGACCCAAUGCUUGAGCCCCUUCUACUGAAGCAGACAUUUAAACAAGGUGGUACAUUGUGUAUCCGUCUGGGUGACAGCACUAUUGAAUACAGCAAUGAUUUCAAGUUCUACAUGACAACAAAAUUGAGGAACCCCCACUAUAUGCCAGAAACUUCUGUAAAGGUGACAUUAUUGAACUUCAUGAUCACCGAAGAAGGGCUGCAAGACCAGCUGCAAGGAAUUGUGGUUGCCAAAGAAAGACCUGAACUGGAAGAGGAGAAGAACUCUCUCAUUCAGCAAGGAGCCAAGAAUAAAAAGCAACUUAAGGAAAUUGAAGACAAAAUUCUUGAAGUCCUCUCAACCUCUGAAGGAAAUAUUCUGGAAGAUGAAACUGCUAUUAAAGUUCUCUCUUCUUCUAAAGCUUUAGCUGAUGAAAUAUCAGAAAAGCAAGCAAUUGCUGAAGAAACUGAGAAAAAAUUAGACAUUGCACGUAGUAGCUACGAAGAAAUCUCUGUUCACUCGACUAUUUUAUUUUUCUCUAUUGCUGACUUAGCCAAUAUUGAACCUAUGUACCAAUAUUCGUUGACCUGGUUUAUAAAUCUAUUCCUCUUGUCAAUUGAAAAUGCUGAGCAAUCCGAAAAUCUCUCGGUACGACUGGAAAACCUGCAUACCCAUUUCACUUAUUCUCUCUAUGUAAAUAUUUGUCGGUCUCUGUUUGAAAAAGAUAAGCUGCUGUUCUCGUUUUUGCUGUGUACCAAUAUUUUAAAGCAUAAAAAGGAAGUUAAUGAAGAGGAAUAUCGGUUCUUAUUAACUGGAGGAAUUGGUUUAGAAAAUCCACAUGUCAACCCAACUGAUUGGCUACCACCAGAGUCAUGGGAUGAAAUCUGUCGACUAGAUGAACUUAGUCAUUUCCGCAAUAUUCGACUAAAGUUUUCCAAGGAAUGUGACCCAUGGAAGGUCAUCUAUGAUAGUCUUCAUCCACAGAAAGAACCUUUGCCCAACGAUUGGAAUGAUAAACUUAAGGAGUUUCAGAAAAUGUUAAUUCUACGAUGUUUUAGACCUGACAAGAUGAUUCCUGCUGUACAAGAUUUUGUUACUUUGAAACUUGGCAAGAAAUACAUUGAACCACCUCCAUUUGAUCUUCCAAAUUCUUUCAAUGAUAGUAAUUGCUGUUCUCCCUUACUUUUUAUUUUGUCCCCUGGAGCUGAUCCUAUGGCAGCGCUAUUGAAGUUUGCCGAUGAUCAGGGUUUUGGUGGUUCCAAAUUUGAUUCACUGUCUUUAGGACAAGGUCAAGGACCUAUUGCCCUAAAGAUGAUUCAAAAUGCUGUUAAAGAAGGCUGUUGGGUACUGCUACAGAAUUGCCAUUUAGCUUCAUCUUGGAUGCCAACUUUAGAGAGAGUCUGUGAAGAAUUUCAUCCAGAGCGGACUCAUCCAGACUUCCGAUUAUGGUUAACCAGUUACCCAUCAACGACAUUCCCUGUUUCUAUCUUACAAAAUGGUGUCAAAAUGACCAAUGAACCACCCAAGGGAUUGAAAGCCAACAUUGUAAGAUCUUAUCUCAGUGAUCCAAUAUCGGACGCAGAAUUUUUUGAAGGAUCACAAAAUCCUCAAGCAUUCAAGAAAAUGCUUUAUGGACUUUGCUUCUUCCAUGCUUUGGUGCAAGAGAGACGGAAGUUUGGACCACUUGGAUGGAAUAUUCCAUAUGAGUUCAACGAAACCGAUUUAAGAAUCAGUGUUCAACAAUUAUCGAUGUUCCUUAACCAAUAUGAUGAAGUUCAGUAUGAAGCAUUGCUCUAUCUGACUGGUGAAUGUAACUAUGGUGGACGUGUCACUGAUGAAUGGGAUCGCAGAACUCUGUUGACCUUGCUCCAAAAAUUUUACUGCCCAGAUAUAAUAUACAACGAGCAAUAUUAUUUUGAUGAAAUCAGUCAAAUAUACAAAGCUCCUGAGGAUGGUGAAUCUAUGUCUUUGUUUCAGGCAAAAACUGCCUCAAGUGCUGGGAAAACAAUAGACGACAUUGUGGAUGAAGUUGCAACAGACAUCAUCAACAAGCUUCCAGAUGAUUUUGAUAUUAACGAGGCUAAUUUCAAAUAUCCAACUUCAUACAAGCAAAGCAUGAACACCGUGUUGGUACAGGAGAUGGUGAGGUUCAACAAGUUGCUGAUUGUGAUUCGAUCCAGUCUCAAGGAUAUACGGAAAGCAAUCAAGGGCUUAGUAGUGAUGUCAAGUGACUUGGAGGCUGUUGUUUUAAAUAUUCUCAAAGGGAAAAUCCCAGGCAUGUGGAUGAACAAGUCAUAUCCAUCGCUGAAACCUUUGGGAAGUUACAUUACAGAUUUCCUGAGCAGACUGAAGUUUUUACAGGAAUGGUAUGAAGAUGGUCCUCCCUCUGUAUUUUGGUUAUCUGGUUUUUAUUUCACACAAGCUUUUCUGACUGGUGCCCAGCAAAACUAUGCUAGGAAGUACACUAUACCAAUUGAUUUAUUGGUGUUUGACUAUGAAGUGUUAGAAGACAAAGAGUAUCCCCAACCACCGGAGGAUGGCAUUUUUGUGCAUGGACUUUACCUUGAUGGUGCACGAUGGGACAGACAAGACAAAAAACUUGCAGAAUCUUUUCCAAAAGUCUUAUAUGAUACUGUUCCAGUUAUAUGGUUGAAACCACUUAAGAAAGAUAUGGUGCCCGAAAAAUAUUGCUACAAGUGUCCAGUUUACAAGACAAGUGAGCGUCGAGGAACACUUUCGACUACUGGCCAUUCGACCAACUUUGUCAUAGCCAUGAUGCUGCCAACAACCAAACCCCAGAAUCAUUGGAUCUGCAGAGGUGUUGCCUUGCUGUGCCAACUGAACAACUGAUCAGAACUCUUACUAAUGCCAGAGUUACAACUAUCAAUUUAUAUAUUUUACACAAAUGAAUAAGCAAUUAAAAAUGAUAUUUCUGUA